GACUCAUGGGAAAGCGCAAUGUUUAAAUUUGUUUCCGGUUUUUAUUGCAGCAUUGUAAACAUGGAACGAGGUCAUAGUAGUGGGGUGAAGACUCCCCCCACCCGUGGUGUAGUUCAGAAGAGCAAAAAUAAAACCUACCAGCAGUCAUAUCGCAGCUGCUUACGUGCUUCUUCACGAUUCGCCUUAACUCCAGCGUUGACAGCCCGGAGGCUCAACACCAGCAGAAGAGCUCCAAGGUUACAUAAUAUCACUGAGAAGGUGAGGCCCGAGCAUCUGGACAUACUGAUGAAAACAGAGUGGAAGCUGGCAUAUGUUACGCCUCUGUAUCAGUUCAGACACACCCAGCUGCAGAGCUACUCCAGGCAGCUCUCAGAAUUUAUUGCUGCAGAGAAGCAACAAGGCUUGGCAGUGGAGGUGGAGGGAUUGCAGAGCAGCUUCAGAGUCUCCUUCUCUGUAGUGCCAGGGAUGACAGAAGCAGAUGAUGAUGCAGAGACUGUCCUCAUACAGAUCCAUUCAAAGCCCAUGUUUGCCAGGCAGGACAAACCCCAGAAGCCAGUAUGGAGCGGCUGGCUGACUUGCAUCAAUGGCAACCCUGAUUACCUGCAAUCACUUCCGCAAGACUUCAUAUGUCUGCCACUUUUUGGCAGCAGUGGGUCCGAGGUUCUCACUCGUCUGGUCCAGUCCUGGUUCCAACAGACCUUCGACUGUUGCUUUGGCUGUCUGGAAAUCAGUGAGACUUGCCUACACUGGCUGGCAGCAUUAUGGACGAACUGUCACAGCGAGUCUAGCAUCCAGCGCCUCAAACUGAUUUGGACUAUUCCAGUUAAGCCAGUGUUGCAGGUUACCUACACAGUUAACCCACAAGAUGCUUGGGAUCUGUGGAGCGAUAUCAGAAAGGAACCAGGGGAGGAGAAUGAGGGAGAAGAUGGAAGAAGUGUUGAUAUCGAGGAGGUCACGAGAUUCAUCCAGGGGCUGAAGAACCACUUCUACAAACACUUCAAGUUGGAUCUGUCAGCAGGACCCCUUCAACAGGUCUCUACAGCACUGGGUUCAGCCAAGUAUAGCGAUCUCCAGCAGCAGAUAUAUGAUCACCACCCUCACACUACUGACAGAGGGUGCCCUCCUCAAAAUGCCCAUCUAGAGAAUAAAGACUUUAAACCAACAGGCAAUGCAACAUUUCAACAGCAUUUAAAUACAGGUAAUCUUGAAUUUUUUAUAUGUAUAAUUACAACACAUGAACAUAUAAAUACCAUAUUUACAUACUAUGGAUGGACAAAUGGUUAUAAUCUGAACUGAAGACUCCUUAUAUCCCUCAUUUACCAUGUUGUCAAGUUUGUCUGCUGUGCUCACAAACAAGCUUUGGUUCCAACCGUGUAAAAUAUAAUGUGUGUAUUCAUGUGUAGCUGUGUACAUGUUUUUUUUUAAUUUUUCUUUUUUGGAAAUAAAAACUAAGAGCUGCAGUGUAGUGAUUAAC